AGAAUCAUCUGAUUCAUUACCAUGUCUGUGUUACUGAGUGUGCUACUCUUGGAGAGAAUUUAGAUAAUUGGUAGCAUUAUCUGUGUUCUCUGAUACAGCUACUGCACAUGCAAUUUGGGUAAAUUUUGUAACCAGAAGAUUUUAGGUUUAAGAUCACAACCACUUGGAGAGCAACCCAGACCUCAUAUGCUAAGAACAAAUGGAAUAAGGCAAGACAGAGUUGGGAACUGUGACCAAUAUUUUUAAUAUAUAUUUAAAGUAAUCCCUGUCAGUAGUGGAAAGAGGUGUGUCCAGGACCUUAAAUUUCUCAGAGUCCACUAAAGACCCUUUUUUUUUUUUGAGGAGUGGAGCCAAAAGUGUUAAGGGCUGUGUCUCUCCUCUGCUCCUCCCCAGUUGACAUUUUUCUUCCUAAGUUUGGAAGUUGUUGAUCUAAGAUUAGGAACCAAGCAUCAGACAAGGGAAACAGAUUCAUACUUUCUGGAUGUGGCUGGAAACGGAAAUCAGUAUUAAAGGAGGUCAGACUAGUAAACUGGGAACAAAAUCAUGGUCUUAGAGAUCUUUGCUUUUCAUUUGUCACAUAGGCUACAGUAGCUGUUUUCUGAGUAGUGGCUGUAACAUGGUUGUGAAAGGCUGUUUCUAAGAAUUGUAGGUAAAUGUAUUGUGAUGUAGGAGGAUCUAAGAAAUAACCGAACUCCCUUGUCAGUAGCUUAGUGAAUAGAUACCUUGCCCCACACCCAGCAUAAUAGUAGAGGAUACUAAUAGCAAGGUAAUAGCAUUUUCAAAAUUAUGAUCCAGAUAAAUUAUUUUUGAGCUACCUCUGAUUCCUUCCUCUUCUAGAAAUUGUCACAAUAUUAAAUACUUAUCCUCAGUUUACGUUGAGAUGUUCAGUAAAGAUCUUUUCUAAUUGUAGCCUAUUAAACUGAGAAUAGGCGGGCCACAUGUGGAGUUUGGAAGUGGAGAUGAGAGGUGCGCAUGAUGCAUGGAAGUCACAUUUACUCUUGCAGCUCUAAUAUUAAGAAAUGGAUAAAUGCUGAGCUAGCAAUAAUGAAGAAUGAUUUAGUUCUCAUAGGUUGUGCUCUCAUUCAUGGGUCAUACAUAUGGCAUAAGCAUAGAAACGUAACAUUUUAGGUUUAUAGUAAAUAUUUAUGAAUGUUUUUGUAAUCCAGUGCAAAUUAAAGUGGAAAACAUGCGGUUAGCAGUGAUAGGAGCAGCAUACUGCAGAACAGUUCUAAAUCAGUUGCAGUUAUUAGUAAAGGUAAAACAAACUAAAUGUGCCUAUUCCUUGUUCUUAUUUAGGGCUUUUUCUCUCAGUCUGACAUCACUUUAUUUCAAAUGCUUUGUAAGACAGGAAGAACACUGAGAUAGUAUCAAAACCCACUUCCUUUUAUGUACAAAAAUAAAGAGCUCUGACAGCAAAACUGAUACUUCUAGUUGAAAAUCGAUAGAAACUCUUGAUGUAGGUCUACCUUUCAGCCAAAUGGGAACAAAGAACAGAACUUUGAAAUCCAGUCCAAUAUUAAAACUAGCUUAUUGAUUUCUGUGUAAGGUAGAAGAACUCAGAAUUUUGUAGUUUUGGUUCCUAAUUUUCAGACAGGAAACAAUGUUCAGAGAAGAGCUUUAUGGAAUUCCAAGCCAAGUAUCGUCUAGACUGUCACAGCCAUCCUCUCCCCAGUCAGGCUGCCCAUCACCCACCAUUCCAGCAGGUAAAGUCAUUUCACCAUCACAGAAGCACAGCAAGAAGGCACUAAAGCAGGCUCUAAAACAGCAACAGCAGAAGAAGCAGCAGCAGCAGCAGCAGCAGCAAUGCAGGCCAAGCGUGUCCCUCCCCUCCAGCCAGCACCUCUCUCUGAAGACUGUCAAAGCAUCCAGUGACUCUCUACCUGCCAAACCUGCAGUAUGGGAAGGAAAGCAAUCUGAUGGACAGUCAAGCAGCCCUCAGAACUCAAACUCUAGCUUUUCUUCUUCAGUUAAAGUAGAAAAUCCUUUGCUAGGCCUGGGGAAGAAGUCAUUCCAGAGAUCUGACAGGCUCCACACACGGCAAAUGAAGAGGACUAAAUGUGCUGAAAUUGAUGUUGAGACACCAGACUCCAUUCUGGUUAAUACAAACCUACGAGCACUGAUCAACAAACACACCUUUUCAGUCCUUCCUGGAGACUGCCAACAGCGACUGCUUUUACUACUUCCAGAGGUGGAUCGACAGGUUGGUCCAGAUGGUCUGAUGAAGUUAAAUGGCUCAGCCCUUAACAAUGAGUUCUUCACUUCAGCAGCACAAGGCUGGAAGGAAAGACUUUCAGAAGGUGAGUUUACACCUGAGAUGCAGGUGAGAAUUCGACAAGAGAUUGAGAAGGAGAAAAAAGUAGAGCCGUGGAAAGAACAAUUCUUUGAAAGCUACUAUGGUCAGAGCUCUGGCUUGAGCCUUGAAGAUUCAAAGAAAUUGAUGGCCUCACCCAGCAAUCCCAAAGUAAAGAAAAUCCCAGCUGAGCAACCAAAAUCCAUGCUUCCUUCAGAGGGCUCUCCUGUCAGUGUAGUCCCAGUAAUUCCCCAGUUAGAGUCUAAAGAAGUACUGCAAAUGCCAUCACCAGUCAGAAACGAAGAGCACGAAAGCCAAGAUAAGAUGCAGCCAAACUCCAAACCCACAGAACCCCUACUUUCCUCAGCUACCAACACAAAUGAGCUUAGCAGUGUUCCUCCCACCAAGUGCCCAAAGGAUGAGGCUCUCUUGGAGCAGAAGCCAGUUGCUUCUGCUGAACAGGAGUCUGAAAAAGAGAAUCAUCUCACUACAACUUCAAAUUAUAACAAAAAUGAAAGCCAAGAAGCUUUAAUUACAUCCCCAAGCAAACCCAAGAGUCCUGGGGUGGAAAAAACAGUCAUGAAGCCCGUAGUAGAAGCAGGUCCACCGGAGACCACUGUGAAAGAGCCUCCAUCAAGUCUGGCCGAUCACAGCCCAGAAAGCCUCAAGAGGAAGUCUUCUCUCACCCAAGAAGAGGUCCCUGCAGGCUGGGAGAAAAGGCCACGUGUCACUGAGAAUCGCCAGCACCAGCAGCCAUUUCCAGUCUCCCCGCAGCCCUUUCUCAGUAGAGGGGACAGGAUCCAGGGCCGGAAAGUACCUCCUCUCAAGAUCCCGGUCUCCAGAAUCUCCCCCAUGCCGUUUCCUACAUUUCAGGUCUCUCCCAGGGCUCGUUUUCCAGUCUCCAUCACUAGUCCUAACAGAACAGGAGCCAGAACUCUUGCAGACAUCAAAGCAAAAGCCCAGCUGGUCAAAGCACAGAGGGCAGCAGCCGCCGCCGCCGCCGCCGCCGCUGCAGCCGCCUCAGUUGGAGGGACCAUUCCGGGACCUGGCCCAGGCGGGGGACAAGGGCCAGGAGAGGGGAGUGAAAGGCAGACUGCUAGAGGAGGGAGUCCAGACUCAGACAGAGUCAGUGAAACUGGAAAGGGCCCCACACUGGAACUGGCAGGAACUGGAGGCAGGGGAGGUACGAGAGAGCUUUUACCCUGUGGUCCAGAGACUCAGCCCCAGUCUGAGACCAAGACCCCAGGCCAGGCACAGCCUCACAGUGUCUCUGGAGCACAACUACAGCAAACCCCCUCAGCGCCUGCAACAUCCGCCCUCAGUGGAGCAUGCACAGGUGUCCGGUCACCAGCCCACACUAGCGCACCCCCACCAGCUUUAGGGAAAUUCAGUCGUGAAAAACUGAAUCCCAUCAGGGCAGCAGCCACAGUGGCCUCUCUUAGCCACCCACAAGGGCCCAGUAAUUGUAAGCAGGAGAAAGCACCUCCUACUCCUGCAGAUCCUGCUCUAAUCUCGGGUGCCUCGCCUGUUCGUUUUGCAGCCAAUGGCACAUUUGAGCCCAAAGCAGGUUCUACUAAGAAUAUACCAAACCCUUCAGCCUCAGCAGAGAUAAGAGCUAGCGCUUCAGUGGAUAUGACUCCCCCGCCUUUAACAUCUUUAUUGACAACAGCCACUUUAGAAAAGCUUCCUGUGCCCCAGGUCAGUGUAACAAUAGCACCUACCGGAUCAGCUCUGUCUUUGAGCACUUUGCCAGCAGCUUCUAGCCUUAAAACUCCAGGAACUUCUUCAAAUAUGAAUGGACCCAUUUCAAGGCCUAGUUCUAGUAUCCCUGCUAAUAAUCCUCUGGUAACUCAGCUGCUGCAGGGCAAAGAUGUUCCCAUGGAGCAAAUUCUGCCUAAACCUCUCACCAAAGUUGAAAUGAAAACUGUUCCACUAACUACAAAAGAGGAGAAGGGGAUGGGAGCACACGCAGGCAGCAGUGUAACAGAAAACAGCACUAGAGAGGACGUUAAUGAGAGACAGCCCCAUCCAGCUACACAGCAACUGAGUAAAACCUUGCAAAACAAGCAGCUCCCCCAGGUCCCAAGACCUCUUCAGCUCUUUUCAGGUAAGGAUCUGAGGGACUCUAGCAUUGAUGCACACCAGUACCAAGAAGGACUGAGUAAAGCAACCCAAGAUCAGAUCCUUCAGACUCUGAUCCAAAGGGUUCGGAGGCAGAACGUUCUCUCAUUUGUGCAGCCCUCGCAGUUUAACUUUACUCACUCAGGUUUCCAGUUAGAGGACAUCUCCACAAGCCAGAGGUUCAUGCUGGGUUUUGCUGGCAGAAGGACAUCCAAGCCUGCAAUGGCAGGACACUACUUACUGAACAUUUCCACCUAUGGCCGGGGUUCAGAGAGCUUUAGGAGGACCCAUUCUGUAAACCCUGAAGACCGGUUUUGUCUAAGUAGUCCCACUGAGGCCUUGAAAAUGGGAUAUCCAGACUGUAAAAAUGCAACAGGAGAUAGUAGCAGCAGCAAAGAAGAUGAUACUGAUGAGGAAAGUACUGGUGAUGAGCAGGAAUCUGUCAUGGUAAAGGAGGAGCCGCAGGCUUCCCAGAGUUCCGGCAAGUAUGAAGCAAGUUCAGGACCCCACAGUAGAGAAACCCUACCCACCAAUGAUUGUUCAGCUAAAAAGAAUGUGAAGGCAGAGACACCAGUGCCUGAGCAAACCACUCUAAGCAAGGAGAAUUACCUGUUCACUAGAAGCCAAACAUUUGAUGAGAAGACCCUAGCCAGAGAUUUUAUUCAGGCAGCACAGAAGCAGAUGGCUCAUGCAGUGAGAGGUAAGGCCAUGCGUAGCAGCCCUGAGCUUUUCAGUUCCACUGCUCUUCCUCUGCCUGCAGACAGUCCUACCCAUCAGCCUCUACUCCUUCCACCUCUGCAAACCCCAAAGCUGUAUGGAAGCCCCACACAGAUCGGGCCCAGCUACAGAGGCAUGAUCAACGUCUCCACCUCGUCUGACGUGGACCAUAACUCUGCUGUGCCAGGGGUGCCUGACUGUAGCCAGGUAUCUAGCAAUGUCGGUGAUGUCAUGUCCUUUUCAGUGACUGUCACAACCAUCCCUGCUAGCCAAGCUGUGAAUCCCAGCAGCCACGGCCAGACCAUUCCUGUUCAAGCCUUUCCUGAAGAGAACAGCAUAGAGGAUACACCUUCGAAAUGUUACUGCCGAUUGAAAGCCAUGAUCAUGUGCAAGGGAUGUGGAGCUUUCUGCCAUGAUGAUUGCAUUGGCCCCUCCAAACUGUGUGUCUCCUGCCUUGUCGUUCGGUAACAAGACUAGAAGGAGAGUGCACUGUGAGGGAGGCAGGAAGGGGGGAGGGUAGACAGAGGUGAUUUUUGCGUCCUUUUGGAAUCACAGAAAUAAACAAGUAGGUUUCAGUUGUCUUAAGAGACAAAUGUUACUUAAUCAGGAAUACAGAGUACAGAUCUCACAUUUUAGAGGAAGAGCACCUUGUAUAGUAAGUCCAGGUCAAGCAAGACUUUGUGAAUUUGUGACAAGUUUGCACUUAAAAAUCAUGUAAAUAUGUCACAUCUUUUUUUAACAUUUUUCCAGGUGUUUAGGUAAUAAUGUAUUACUUCGACUUCAGAUUGGUAUUCCACUUCGUGUGACUCUGAAAAGUUUAAUGCCAUACAUGGUAAAAGGAAGUGAUUUCCCUUUGGCUCUUUCCUAAGAGGCUAGGGAAGGGAAGGAGUGAAGGAAUGGUCUGAAGAAAUGACCAUUCAUGCUGAUUCUGUCUCAACAGCCUGACUGCAGGCUUUACAUAGAUUAUUCAGGCUUCGCAGGAUUUGGAUUCAGGGUUUACUCAGUCCCUUCACCUUAGAUGGAACCUUCUUAAGUUCAAAUUUCUGAUGAGGUAUUAAUUUCCCAGGUAGUAGUUCAGACUCUGAAAGUUCUGACUUGGUUGUUGGCUUCCAUAAAGCAGAACUGUUGCCAGGCACUCUGCUUGUAGUUUGUGUACCCCUGCUUCUCCCUCAAGUCCCUCCCCUGCCGUGAAGCAGGGAGUGUGAGCCACAAAAGGUCCUCCUCGCUGGGCCCCUUGUGUUACCAUCGCCUGUGCAAGGCAGAGAUUCCAGCCAGAAUCUCCAAAGGCUUGAUCAUUUGUGGGAGCUUACAAACAAGUUUGAAAUACUGGUAAAACUUAACGGAAAGGUAUUAGUGAUGGGGAGAUUUGAACUAUGUGUCUUGUUGGGUAAGUGGAGUAAAGGUGCAGAAACUGUUGAACUGAACACAAGGAACUUUGGAAACGAUUUUAACACUAGAAACAAGGGAGGCCCUCAUUUCCUCGUCUCUCCCAACCUGUUACCUGCUGUUCUACAAUCAGCUGUUGCUACAGGUAGAAAAACUGCUUAUGCCACGUUUGCCCAUUCUGUCAAACCUGUUUUGACCUCCCAGGCAUCUGAGGAGUAUGGGAGUGAUCUUCAUACUACUUUGAACAUACACGUGCACACACACACAGUAAAAGUCAGACAUUUUUUUCCUGUUUUAGAAAACAUGUUCCCUGUUUUGGAUUACUGCUGUAUACGCACCAGAAAUUUCUAACGUAAGGGGGCUUUAGUGAAUGGCCAAGGGAACAUCUAGAAAGGAAGAGAAAUCAGCUCCAAAUUCUUGUUGUUUGUUUUUGUUUAUUCUUUUUGUUUCCUUUUUUGUUGGUUUUAUAAUCCUGUCUAGUGACUGAAGAAUUUUUGAGUACAUAUAUUUAGGUCAUGAUUAAAGAACAUUAAAAAUAAAUCUACAAUUCACUAGAAUUUGGUAUUUAAAGUGGAGGGUUGUCAGUGUGCAUUAUUUGCAAAUCAGUCUGAAAUCUUGUUUCAGGUGUGUAAAGGACAUAUAUUAGUGCAUCCUAGUACAGCUGUAGUUGUACUUAAUAGUCAGGAUGUGAUAUUUACAAAAUGCAGAACAACUUAAACUCGUUAAUUAAGUCACAUUCCAGAUAGGGGAAAGUAGGCAGUAAUGAUCUUUGCUUUGCCCCCGUUCUGCUACCCACCCACCCCUCCCUACCUCACCUCCUGCAUUAUACGUACACUGUUUUGUUUGUUUUGCUUUUUCCAAUACUUUAAAACCUAUGAGAACUAUUUACUGUUUUUUAUUUCUUGUUCCUCGGUUUUUUUGUGGGCCAAGGCAAAGAUAAGGAUUAAUAGCUGUGUUUCAGUUUCAGCCAAGAUAAUUUGAUGUCCUUCUAAUAAGUUCCCUUUUCCCUCCGGCACACACAUAGCUAAGAGAUGCAAGGGUCUGCAAGGGUCCAGGGUAAGGAGAAAGUCCUCCAGCCAAUAACCUCAGAAACCAUGGUUCUGUUCCCAAGCUUUCAGUGCCCUGAGUAAUCCAGAGGGGUGUUAAAAAGACCUGUUGCUGGUUAAAACUCCAUUCCCAGCUUCUUCACUCCCCACUUUAGUGGCAGGACUGGGGUGGUCUGCCUGUGAAAAGUGGUUGGCUGUUUCAGAACUGACCCCAUGCUAAACACUCAUUACCAAUUUGGAUUUUCGAAAUGAUUUUCUUCUUCACAUCUUUCCUAUCAUAGAAAGUCUCUCCUCCAUGGUUCUCUUAAUCUGAGGAUGGACAGACUAACGAGGAAAGGAGGAAAGGCAUCAGGGAUUUUCAAGUCCAUUUAGAGAACAAACCACAUCGUGCCUAUUCAUCUUGACCCAGGCUCUUGCAGAUAUGACCUAAGUAUUACUAUUCACCAGAUUCUCUUAACAAAUAGUACCUAGCUAAUAAAAUAUUCACAUUUAUGAGUGCCCCCCCCAAAGUUGUCAACUUGGUACAUGGGUCAAUCUUGACUGAAAAAGAGAUAGAUUCUCUUAGGUUGGUAGAAAAUUGAAUACAAUCCAUUUAUCAAUUUGUUUCAAAACAGUGGUUUCAUGGAGAAGGUCAUCUUAUGUGCUGACUGAGCUGAACAGAAAAAAGGAAAAUUAUAAUCUGGCCUUUUUGAAAAUGAUGUAAUAGGAGUAAGAAAACCUUUGAAUUAUUAGAAUAUGAUAUUCUAGUACCUUUAAAGCAGUCUUUAUCGUAGGUUUUCAGUUACUUUACCUUUCAAUUCAAUCAGAAAUGUGUCUAAUAAGUGCUAGGCAUAUUUUUAUGGUAUUACGUUGCACUAUUUCCAGUGACUAGUCAGGCAUCAUGCCUGAUGCUUAUGCCUCCAGGGUGUGCUUCUCAAGCCUUCAGACCUUCCACUGCAGGUCCCCUUGGGGAGACAGCAUUAACAAUAUAUCAUCUCAGUCUCACGAAUCUUCCAAGUUGUCUAAUGAAGAAGGCUUCCUGAAUCUUAAAGAAUUUUUGUUAAAAUUCUCCAUCCUAGUAAACAGAAAAUAAAACCAGAUAACCUGGAGUUGUUGUUCGCCCUACUUUAAACCCCUGUGUUGAAGAUACUGAAGCUGUCUGUGGUACCCCAUGUACCGUUUUUAAGAAUAAGAUCUGGCAGAAGGAAAUUUUUCUUGGGGUAGGGGAAGCAUACUAACAUGGGCUGGGAAGGCACACGGUGCAGAUAUUUUAGGAGUUAUCACAGGAUUAAAUAGCCAAAGGAAGACCUCAUUGCCUUCCAGGUGAAGGUAUAAGUUUAUACAUAUUAAUAAUCUGACCGUUUAACCAUCCUAAUUGCUCUCAUUGCCUUUCUUCACCUACAAGUCCUUAAAGAGCUCUUGGGUGAAAUUAUUUGUUAUACUGAGGGGGUCUUCUCUGGUCAUUACAUCGCUAUUUAUUUCUAGAGCUCACUGUCAGCGAGCAGUACCAGGGUUGUUUUCUCUGUGACUUAGAGGUUUCACUUCACAGCAAAAGGAGAGGAAAGUCUCUCCACUGCAUUACAACAAUGUGCUAAGUAAAACAAGACUUGACCAAGGGUAGUUUUCAGCUCAACUUACAGAGUAGUCCAAAGAGACUGAGAAACAUGAUGAUAGGCAGGGAUCUUUCCUAUUGUGUUUCAGUACCUACGUAACCUAUUGGAAGAGCAAUAGGCGCAACUGUUCCUAAAGUUGAAGUAAGAGCUUCAUAGAUUCUUGGUUACUUUAUUUUUUUUAAUGCUUUACAUUUGAUACAACUAUUAAAGAUCAAUUUUAAAAAUAGCUUUCCAGUAAUAUAUUUUAAGUAAUAUAUAUUUUAAUAUCUAUGUAAAAAGUGACAGUGGAAGACUUUGAAUUUCUCAUGUAUGGUAUGUUUAAUGUAGGACCUCACUGUUAAGGCACAAAUUAUUUCAAAGGAAGUUACUCUAAAGACACUCAGAUUAUUUCCAAAAAAAAAAAAAAAAAAAAAUGCAAUAAGGGGAAUAGUUUUGGAGUUUAUUUUUUAUUUUAAAAGAAAAUUGACUUAUUUACCACAAGCUAUUAUUUUUCCUUCUGGCUAUAAGGUUUGUACAGACUGGUUUGGUAAAUGCUAAACUUUUGUGUCUUUUGCCUUUUUAAAGGAAUUGUUAACAUUGGAAUUGAGGGUAUGUACAGAGAAGUUGGUGUCAACACCAUUUAAAAAGUCAUAUUUUUUCACAAAUAUAGAAAAAUCAUUUUACAUAAGAAUUUUAAGUAUUUGCAAUAAAUAUAUGUAUAUAGAUUGUAUGUAUUCAUAUAUUCUUAUUUUUCAUUUUAUUAUUAAGUAAAAGAUAAUUAAAGUGAAAAUAAAAACCUUGGAGUUUUUGAUGCAUCUUGAGGUCUGACAUACAUGUGAGAGUGGUGGGUAAGGGCCCUCAGUUGUUGCCUUAUACUACUAUUGGACGGUCACCAACAGGUUGCAUAAAAGAUAGUAAAAUGAGGAAUUUGGUGAUAAACAAAUCAGGGUAGUGUGUUUCUUUCAAAACUCUACUGAAAAUAUUCAGUUCUCCUCAUCUGUUAGUCUCUGCUUUCACCCUUGAACUGUUCUGUCUCCUAACCACCUAAUGUUUCUGGGAAAGUAAAAACCAACAAAAUAGAACGAAGUGCAUUCUCUUUUAAUGUGCCCAUUGUUUGCUUCUAAAAGAAUGGUAAGAAAAUGUCUCGGGGGGGAAAAAUAGGUUUUCCUUUCUCCACAGUGGUUAAUAAUUCAUUAGCAAACAGUCACUGCCACCACCUUCCAGACCACAGGGUUUAUGUGAAGAUAAUAGAACUUUCUUUUUCCCUUCUCUAAGAAGUGAGUUUCAUAGCCAGUUUUAUAUUCUUCCUGAUGGAUCUGGAGAUAAAAGGGCUAGGAGAACUUGAAUGUUGAUCUCCCUGUUGUCAGGAAGGGCAUUUAUGGUAAUGAGGACUGAGCCAAACACUAGCAGAGGUUAACCAUACCUAGCGAUAAUCUGGAGUCCUGCUGUCCAAGAGAAGCUAUUUUGUGGUUGUAAAUAUUUGGUUUUAAGAUAUGAUUGAGGGAGCAAAAGAAUACCUAGAGAGUCUGGAAAUAAAGGUAUAUAGCCCAUUCUUUAAAAAUGAUUAACAUACAACUUUAUUGGUGACCUAAAAGGAAAUACGAUUGGAGUUUGAAGAAUGUAUCUUAAUGACCCUCUAACACUUCUAGUUGUAAACUGGUUCUCCCCAUAAUUGCUCAGCUGUGGUUAUUUUCACUGAUAAAAAUAACAAUUUUUGGAAAUAAGGAUACAUAGAAAGCUUUUUAAAAGGCAGCCUUACUAUUUUUCAAAAAGAAUUCAAAUAUAGGGUUGCCCAAAGACACUGAAGAUAGUUUAGACAUCUAAGAGAACAGCACUAAAUCUUUGCUGAAAAUACACCUAUUUCUAAAGGAAAAAUUUCAAGUCUCAGGGAGCAUCUUUAUCCUCAUAAUUCCCAUAUAUGGUAGAUAUGAAUGAAGGUGAAAUACUUAAAUGUGUGUGAACCAGACCAUGAUGAACAUUUACAAAUUUCUAGUACAUACCAGAUUGUACUGAUUUAGAUUGUAACUCUCCUCCCCACCCCAGCCCCAAUUUCUAGUGCAUACUGUUGUUUACUCCUACCUCACGGAAAGUAAAAUUCAUAUUCAGGUAAUGAUAUAGGACCCUAAAGGUAUAACUGGACUACAGUUGAGUGAGACAGAGCAAUAUACCAGAACAUAGCUUCUUGGAUCCCCAGCUUCCCUUUGUUUACAUCACAGAAUUUUAGAAACCUGUGUUUGUUGCUUUGAACACUACUUGACUAAGAGUGGUCUUCAUAAAUCAAAUUUCAGAUAAUGUUUCUAGUUGUUUUUGUACACAAAUCAUGUUAUUCACUAAUUCAAAUAUCUUUUGGACACCCGUGUGCUAAGCACUGUGCUAAAGUUCUGGUUAAGCAAGGUUGAAGAAAAGCAGUCAUGUAAGUUGUAAAAGGUCUUCCUAAAGUAGUAACCAUAAAGCGUGUGUCUAGUUCAGAGCUCAAGGAGUAAUAUAUGCUAUGUUAUUUCCCAAGACGUUGGAGGUUUAAGAGUAAAUGGGCUAUGAAAUAGAAGCAUUUGAGGCAUUGGGCAAAACACAGUGGCAAAACAUGAGGAAAGAAAGGAGAGGCAUUGCCCAGAGAUGAAGUAAAUGGAAGUGAGGAGACUUGUUAAUAAAACUUACGUUUUUGAGAACUAUCAUUGGACGAUCCAGAGUUAUUAUAGAAAUUUCAGGAAGUCUCUUAGUGAUAGCCAAAUUGAGAAAAUCAAGCUGAAAGCAAUCCCUUUUAAUUCUGUUCAGUAUGUCAGUAAAGAUGCUUCAUCUUAUUUCAACUAACCCUUUCAAAUAACUAUGGAAAAUAAUGCAGCUUUCCUGUCAAACCCAAAAUAAGCUAAAGGGAAUUCUAAAAAGAACCUUGAUUUUCAUCUUAUAGACUGGCAAGAAGGAAGUGCAUUCAUCUAAAAUUAUUAGGGAGAUUUCAUCUGUGCUUUCUUCAUAAUGGAUAGAAUUCGUGUUUUUUAUUUUUACAGGAUUGGAUUUUUUUCUCCUAUUUCUAAGUCACAGGACUUUAAUAAAGAGGCGUCAGCAAGACACUAAAGCCUCUAUUAAGUGGCUUAAAUCCUAAUUCUUUAAGACUUUCUGGUAGAAAGGUUUUAAAAGGAUAAAUCAUAUUUUGUCAGUGCUUAUUCUUAAAUUUUCUUUACCCGUAUUAUUAGAUUUGCAACUAGAAUUCUGUAUUCCAAAAUAUCCAUGCUCACCUUUCAGUCAAAAAGGUAUAUUCCACCACGUAAUAUAGUCUCAACUCUGUAAAGGAGGUAGGAGGGUGGAUAUCCUAUAUUUUCCUAAUACUUAGCAACAUUAAACAGAAGAUUGGGUUUCUUUCAUAGGCACCGUAUAAACUAAGAAAUCUAUAUCUCUGUGUAGCUUAACGUCUUAACCUAAAAAGGGAAUCCCUACAAAAAGUUCCUUACAACAGAAAGGACAGACUAAACCAGGAAGAAAGAUGAUCAGCUCUGGAGAUGGGCUGUGACUACAUAGUGGGUUCUCCUGAAGAAUAACUGCAAACUCGAUUUUCCUGGUUCUUCAAGCUCUAAAGAAACUAAAAGGAAUUUUUUAAAUCCUAAUUUUUCAUCUUGACUGCAAAACCUAGAGAAUGCCUAGGGGAGAAAAAAGGUAAAUCCAAGAUCAGAUUUGAGUGAACUUGGAAUUAUUCCUUUACUGAUUUUUUUUUUAAGGUUUUGUGUUCCCAUAACAUAAUGAAUUGCCAUGAGUGGAACAUGGAAUUUGAUUUAAGACAUUUUGUGGGCUAAGAAAUGGUUUCCUAUUGAACUAUAUUUAGAGGUAACUUUUGCCACUGAUCAGGAUUUAGGGUUGUUCAUCUGUGUCUAAGUGAUGCAGAUGUUGGCUCAUAAAGACUACGUUAAAACAACUUGAGUCAACACUUUUAUUAACUUUAAUCAUGGAUCCUCACUUUUAAAUACUUAAAUAUUUAAAAUUCAGAUUAGCCCAAUAAGAAAGCAAUGCAUUAAAUGUUACCAAAAUAUCUGAAGAUACUUUAGAACUGUUAUUUACACAGUCCGUGUCCUUCCUAUGGAAAGUGUGGUACAUAAAAUUGUACGUUUCUUGGGUCAGUUCUUUUUGAAAACCGGUGUUUAAUGUUUUCAGGGACCUAAAGCUGGGAAAUGAUGGAGUUAGACUUUGACCCUAAGUCAGUAAUUCUUUUCAUUUUAGGUUUUCAGCUAUAGCAAUUUGAAGACUUCAGUAGUGACCCCAGUUUAACCUAUAUGUAGUCACUUUGAACAAGAUUUAAAUUAAUGAAACACUUCCGGAGUCUCAAAUUUGGUCCCCUGUUUGUUGCAUAAAGAGAGAGAUUCUGGGCUGGGGAGGACCUGAUAAUUGUUCUCUGAUAAUAAACUACUGAUUAAAGAGCAAGUUUGUUCUUAGGGAAGUCAUGAAAUUUCUAGAACCCAUGAAAUAUCUAGAGUACACGACAACUGAAACUCUAGAAAUUAAAAACUUUCAGCCAUAAGUGCUGUGACCUACUUUAAAAAAAAAAAAGCCCAUCUUAGUUCUGUGACUCAUUGCAUCACACCUUGAGACUUUUCACCAGCACCAAGAGAAAUCAGAAUGGAAGAAAUGACCUUAGGUCAGUCUUAUUCACUAAAAUCUUUGUGCACAUAGGCCUUAGCACUUUGACAGAUAAAGCUCUGCCUUUUAGCUCCUUUUCACUCUUUAUCCCUCCCACUUUUAGAGUGUUCCUUUUAUUGGUCGUAUAAAACUACCUUCAGAAUUGAAUGUAUAAUAAUGUUUCUGCACAUGGACAAACUGUAUUUUAUCUUAAUGACUCAUUUUAUGUUGAAUAAAGGCAUACGGUUUUACCCUAA